AUGGCUGUGGCCCGUGCGGAGAGCAUCGUCAAUGCCGACUUGGGAGCGGUCGAGGUGAAUCUGGAGGGUGUUGGACUGGAGUCGCUGGAGCCUGUCCUCCCGCUCCUGUCGAGAUUGCCGCGACUGAAGGCUCUGCGACUGGCGAGGAACAAACUGACAGGACUUCCAAACGACCUCACCGGUAUUUGUCAGUUGGAGUACUUGGACCUGUCCGCGAAUCCCAUCACAGGCGCGAGUACCAUCAUGCAAGGACUGUCUGGCCUUGCCAUUUUAAGGCAUCUGUAUGUGGAUCUGCCAUGUGAGAGCGAAGAGGAUGAAGUUAUUGUUGCCGUGCAGUCACUGGAGAGUUUUAACGGGACAUCCCUGACGGAGGUCUUUGAGGAAGUGAGAGGCGCGAUGGAAGGCGACAAAAGUGACGACGGGGAUACUUCUCCAGCACCCCGCAUAUUCGAUGCGACGGACACGUCGGUGCUAGACGAGGCACCGAUAUAUGGACAAGAACAACAACGGCAGCAGCAGCAGCAGCAGCAAUACAGCUCCACGCAGUUUCAGCAGUGGAAAGCGGAGGACACGAAAAACAUACAAGGCCUCUACACACUAGUGACGAAUUUUACCGGAAAUGUUUUUACCCAGAAGGAAUUUAACAUGUAUGUUGCAAACGUUGUUCGACACCUCUGUGCCCUUACGGCAGCCGAACCAGACCCAUCAAGCCGUGAGGGUGAGAAACUGAAAGCGAAGAAGGUCCUCUACGAGUAUUGUCUUGAAGAACUGUGCCGUGUAGUGAGUGGGAGGGACGCUGUGCUUGGACGGGCCCUCACAGAAAUUGCGAAGGCACAAGCAGGUCUCCUGGAAAGCUACGACCGUCUAUGGCGCCGUAUCACUGAGGAAAUGAAUGGUCGUAUUGCCGUCAUGAAAAAAGACAUGCAGGACGCUAUUCAAGAGAUAGAGUCACUCAUGGGUCAACUGGGCCAGAAAGAAAAUGACAGCAACGGCGGCAGCGGUACCAAUGCCGUCAAUGGGAUGGAACUGCAACGACUUCAAGAGGAGGUUGGAAAACUACGGACAGAGAACGAACGUCUGCAAACAAAGCUGCGUUUGGUGGAGGCAUCGGCAUGUAGCCCGGACGCCGUGGCCCCUGGGGCGUUACGAAACUCUUCGGCCUCUGCAGAUCACUCCCGGAUAUCGCCGUCCGGUUCACGGGCGCCGCAGUCCGGAAGCAAAGUGUUGACACUGAAACAACUCAAGCAGGCAAUUGAGGAUAUUUACGCAUCAAAGAGUAAGUACGACAUCAAGUGCUCUGAGAGUCAUCUUCCGCGUGAGACAAUGGAGCAGCAUAUGUACACUUAUUUGAACCAACGAUAUGGCCUGAAACAUAUUAUCCUUGAUUGGGCUACCGCCAUCAUUCAAGGGAUAAAGAAGUACAAUCUGGAAGAUAACGACGUGGCCGUUUUUGGAAAAAUUCUUCGUAAUGAAAUUGAUGAGGAAUUUCGUUUUGUACAGCGACAAGUACGUGAGACGGUGCAUGAGUUGCUUCGUGUCUACAUAAAAGGAAAGCGACCGUCAAAAAGUGACACGGACAUCAAUAAAAUUGUUCAGAAGAAGACCAAUGGCACAUUGUUGGAAGACGAGUGGGUUGACAUUGUGAAGUACAUGUACAAUACAGAAGAUGCGGUGUCAAUCAUCAUGCGUGUGAGAGAUUAUUUGCGUCAAGUCUCACAGCCACGCCGUCGCAGUUCGAUUCAGAGAGGCCACGAAAUCGCAUCCAUUCACGACGUUCAGCUUCCAUAUGCGGAACUCAUUCGCAUUCUUUUGGAUUUUCAACUGGAAGGACACGAGCGUUUUCUGGCUCGAUUUCAUUCCAUUUUCUGUCGUCACGAUGCGGACCGCAACGGCAUCGUGAAUGCGCAAGAGUUUAAUGCCAUCUUGAAGACCGUUGACGCUUCCAAAACCGACGAGGAAAUUGAAGCCCUGCUGGAGCUUAUCGAUCCCUUUGGGAACCAACUCAUUACGUAUUCGGAGUGUGUGACAUUUCUUAGUGCUGAAAUUGUCAGGAUGAUGAAGGCGGUUGAGUGA